AUGAUGUCUCUAAAGAAUAUGCUUACAAAGGCAUCGUCCCAUAAUUCUUCUUCUCUUGACAAUGAACAUGAUGGUUAUUCUGUGAAACAAAAUCCAGACAAGUUCCCUGUAAAGGAACAGGAAAUAUAUAACAUUGAUCUGGAGGAAAAUAAUAUAUCCUCUCGUUCAUCCACGUCCACAUCGCCUUCUGCAAGGGACGAUUCGUUCGCCGUCCCGGAUGGUAAAGAUGAGAACACUAGGCUAAGGAAGGAUUUGAAGGCAAGACAUAUUUCUAUGAUUGCCAUUGGUGGGUCGCUGGGGACUGGUCUGCUAAUAGGUACAGGUACCGCUUUAUUAACUGGGGGGCCUGUGGCAAUGCUAAUUGCAUACGCCUUUGUCGGUCUGCUAGUUUUCUUCACCAUGGCUUGUCUUGGUGAAAUGGCUUCUUACAUCCCAUUGGACGGUUUCACAAGUUAUGCUUCACGUUAUGUGGACCCUGCUUUAGGGUUUGCCAUUGGUUAUACUUAUCUUUUCAAAUAUUUCAUCUUACCUCCAAAUCAACUUACAGCCGCUGCUUUGGUCAUUCAGUAUUGGAUUAGCAGAGACAGUGUUAAUCCUGGUGUGUGGAUUACUAUCUUUUUGGUGGUAAUUGUGUCUAUUAAUAUCGUUGGUGUGAGGUUCUUUGGUGAAUUUGAAUUCUGGUUAUCUAGUUUCAAAGUCAUGGUGAUGUUGGGACUUAUCUUAUUAUUGUUCAUCAUUAUGCUUGGUGGUGGGCCCAACCAUGAUCGUUUAGGGUUUAGAUACUGGCGCGAUCCUGGCGCUUUCAAAGAAUAUUCGGCAGCCAUCACUGGUAGUAAGGGGAAAUUCGUUUCAUUUGCUUCGGUUUUCGUCUACAGUCUUUUCAGUUAUACCGGUAUUGAAUUGACCGGUAUUGUUUGUUCCGAAGCAGAGAAUCCAAGGAAAAGUGUUCCAAAGGCAAUUAAAUUGACCGUUUAUCGUAUCAUCGUCUUCUACCUAUGUACCGUUUUCCUUUUGGGUAUGUGCGUGGCCUACAACGAUCCUCGUUUAUUAUCUACAAAGGGUAAAGCCAUGUCGGCUGCAGCAUCUCCAUUUGUGGUGGCCAUUCAAAAUUCAGGCAUUAAAGUUCUACCUCAUAUUUUCAACGCUUGUGUUCUUGUUUUCGUCUUCAGUGCCUGCAACUCAGAUUUGUACGUUUCUUCCAGAAACUUGUACGCAUUGGCCAUUGAUGGUAAGGCACCCAAGAUCUUCGCUAAGACCAGUAAAUGGGGUGUCCCUUACUACGCCUUGAUGGUUUCCGUGUUGUUUUGUUGCCUAGCGUACAUGAAUGUGUCAGCCGGAUCAGCAAAAAUCUUUAACUAUUUCGUUAAUGUUGUCUCUAUGUUUGGUAUCUUGAGUUGGAUCACCAUCCUAAUUGUUUACAUCUACUUCGAUAAAGCUUGUCGUGCUCAAGGGGUUGAUAAAUCGAAGUUUGCCUAUGUUGCUCCUGGUCAACGUUACGGUGCUUAUUUUGCCUUAUUCUUUUGUAUUUUGAUCGCUUUGAUCAAGAAUUUCACCGUUUUCCUCGGCCAUACUUUUGAUUAUAAAACUUUUAUCACUGGGUAUAUUGGGUUGCCCAUUUAUAUUAUUUCAUGGGUUGGAUACAAAUUAAUUUACAAGACCAAAAUGAUCAAGUCAGAAGACGUGGAUCUAUACACCCUCAAAGAACUUUACGAUAGAGAGGAAGAGCAAGGCAAACUACAAGACCAAGAAAAGGAGGAACGUUUACAAAGAAACGGUAAAAACUUGGAAUGGUUUUAUGAAAAAUUCCUGGGCAAUAUCUUUUAG